AUGUCCAACAUUAAUUACGGGUCUAUACCUUCAUCACCACCAUUGAAAACGUAUCAUCUGACGACAGCAGAACGAGACUUGCUCCAAUCAGAUCGGCCAGGAUACGGAUCGAGAACAAGAGUCGAAGUUGCCUUCAAUCUAGUCAAUGCUACAGUUGGGGCUGGCAUCAUUGGCUUGCCAUUUGCCAUUGCUCAUGCUGGCUUCUUUACCGGCAUAUUUGCCUCCAUCAUCGUCGCUGUAUUAGCCCAAAUGGGCUUGUACAUGCUGGUCGUUGCAGGGCAGCGAGUGGGCAGCUAUAAAUACGCAUUACUUGUGGAGCAUUUAUUGGGCAGACCUGGUUAUCAUUUCCUCAAUUUCAUGAUUUGCGUUCAAGCAGGCGGAGGUGCUGUUAGUUACUUUAUAUUGCUCGGCGACAGUUUGCCCUUGUUAUUCCAGAGAUACCUUCCUCAGUAUCCCAUUUUAGGUGAUCGUACAUUCAUCCUGAUAUGUGUCGGCAUCGCUUGUGUGCUACCAUUAAAUAUGUCAAGAUCCAUUGGUUCCUUGGCUCGUUGGUCCAUUAUUUCAGUGGCAUGCUUGCCUAUCAUUCUUCUCACGAUUUUAAUCAGAGCACCUGCUUAUGCUCCUAAAGAGAGAAUUCCUCUUGAAUGGGUCGGACCUGAUGUCUUUGGUGCAUUGGGUAUCAUGGCAUUCGCAUUCACCUGCCAUCAAGUGGCACUGCCUAAUUUUUUGACCUUGGAGAACCAAUCCACGCAUAGCUGGAAGUUAACUACCAUCUUAUCUACCGGUAUCAGCUGGUUGAUCUCCAUGACCUUUGCUAUUAUCGGCUACUUGUGCUUUGGUACUGACGUGCAAUCCAACUUGUUUAUGAAUUUCGCUAGCGAUGACCCACUCAUUAAUGUCGGCCGAUUUGCGCUCAGUGUGAGCAUGAUUUUGACCAUUCCUAUGGGUAUCUUUCCUACUAGAGAAGCCAUUCAAAAGUCAUUAGGGUUCGAGACUGCAAGCAAACAACCUACUAACACACAGCAUUACACUGUAACCGUCGUCUUAUUUGCCGUCAUUCUGGGCCUCUCCGUCGCAGUGCGAUCUCUUGGCACUGUGUACUCCGUUGUCGGUGGAUUUUCGGCAACUACACUUGCUUACAUCUUGCCUGCAGCUUCUUAUCUUGUCACCCGCAGUGUCUAUUAUAAGAAUAUGAGCUCACAAUCCAUUUUGAAUUCUUCACAGCCCAAGAAUUUCAUUGGUGUAUUCCCUACAUUGACUGGAUCGACUACAUUGACUCCUGACGAAAACGACCUAAAGGCACCCUUCUCGUGGGACACUGCAUCAUGCUCAUCUUCCUCUGCAAGACACUUGAAUUUCGAUGAUGAUGUUGCUACUGUAGAUGGCGAGGAAAUCAAUGAGCCGGAUUUGGGCAUGUACGCUUCUUUGAAGCCUACAUGGUUCCUGGAUAUCGCAGCUGGUUUGCUUAUCAUCUGGGGAUUUGGUGUCAUGUUUCUUUCAUUAUCUUCAGCACUCAGCUAA